AUGGCCGCCGCGCCCCCGGCCUCCGCACCCCAGGCGCCUGCCGCGCCCCCGGCCUCAACCUUGCCGGCCAUCACGCCGCUGACCUUCACGCUGCCAGACCGCGCGUCGCCGGCCUCCCUAGAGUACACACCCUCCAUGGAGUGGUUGUUGUCGGGGCCGGCGCUGCCCAUGCUCGGCGAGGAGGAGGAUUUCCUGGUCGCACUUGCGCCUCCACCGCCGCCCCUCUACUGCCCUAUCCAUGGCCAUGGACCAUGCCCUACGCGCGACGGCACGGCACCACGACCUCCGUCUCCAACUCUGCCGGCGACUCCUCCGGGCAUAGACGUCAACACCACCGCCGGCGACGACCUUGAAGAUGGAUGA